AACUGUUAUUUAUUUAUUUUUUAAUUGAUAUUUUGUCCUCAGCCAGCCUUCAAGUUGAAGAUUUCUGCCCUUUCUUGUAACAUUUCUUUCACUUUUUGACGAAAUCUCAAUCUCAGAUCACAAACAAUCACAAUUUCCAACUGUUCAAUCACUCAAUAUUGUGUUUCGCUUCCAAAUUUCACCCUCAAUUUCGGAUGAAAUUUAGGGUUUUCAAAUACGAUUCUUGCAUGCUUGUCUCACUGUCGGAAUUGAAUUCGAAUCUAGGGCUUUCGAAUUGCAAUUGUCAUUAAAUAAUAGGUCAACGUAUUGGCGGUGAAUGUUGAGGCUGCAUUGGGCACUACUAUAAACUGGAGUUACAAUAGCGAUGUUGGGUCUCAAUCGAAUUGGCUUCAAAAUAAUUAGUUGUUUCUUUCAUUUGGCGGAGUGGCAUCCACUAGAAUAGCAAAGUUGAUUUGGGCUUAAAAGCCCUCUUGCUUUGUCUUCUCCUUAGAUCAGCUUUUGGGAUCACUUUUUUAUUCUCUUUGGUGGCUGGGAGUUGUAAUAGUUGUUCUAAGAUUAUUGAAGUUUUUCAUGUUUAAUAAGAGCUCCUACUCUUGGGUGAGAGCUAUGGGUUGUUGUGGUUGUUUCGGGUUUUCCAAAAGAAAGCCUAAACAAUCAUUGAGGCCCAUUCCUGGGUUUAAUAAUCGAAUUUCCCAAGAGUUUUUGUUAGAGGAUGAAAUAGACGAUGAGACUGAUAGUUUGUUUAAUGGUGAGGAUACGAAUACAGCACAUGGAGAUGAUGGCGAGUUGCAGAACUGUGCCAAACGCUCUGAAGAGAUUUUGAGGUUAAGAGUGCAGAAUGGACUGGUUUGCAGGCAAUAUCCUGUCAAGGAAACUAACAAACUUAUUCGAUCAGAGGAUGAAAACGGGACUAAGAUGAUCAAUGAGUAUGUGCAUGAGCGCAAGAUUGGUGCUGGUAGCUAUGGUAAAGUGGUUCUAUACCAAAGCUCUAUAGAUGGGAAGCAUUAUGCAAUUAAGGCCUUUCAUAAGUCUCAUUUGUUAAAGCUACGUGUUGCUCCUUCAGAGACUGCUAUGACUGAUGUUCUUCGUGAGGUUCUAAUAAUGAAAAUGUUGGACCAUCCAAAUAUAGUCAAUCUCAUUGAGGUGAUUGAUGAUCCAAACACAGAUCAGUUCUACAUGGUUCUUGAAUAUGUGGAAAGCAAAGGGGAUUGUGGUGGUUCUGCUCUACCUGGGGCCCUUGAAGAAGAUACUGCCAGAAAGUACUUACGGGAUGUAGUCUCUGGGCUGAUGUACCUUCAUGCUCAUAAUGUUGUGCACGGGGAUAUAAAACCUGAUAACCUGUUAGUUACACGUACGGGUAUAGUGAAGAUUGGAGAUUUUAGCGUCAGCCAGGUUUUUGAGGAUGAUAAUGAUGAGCUUCGCCGUUCUCCUGGGACUCCUGUUUUUACUGCCCCUGAAUGCUGUCUAGGUCUAACUUACCAUGGGAAAGCUGCUGACACAUGGGCUGUAGGAGUUACUUUAUACUAUGUGGUACUGGGACAAUAUCCAUUUCUAGGCGAAACACUGCAGGAUACGUAUGAUAAGAUUGUUAAUAACUCAUUGGAACUUCCAGAUGAUAUGAACCCACAGCUGAGAAACUUAAUAGAAGGACUUCUUUGCAAAGAUCCAACUCAGAGAUUGACUCUAAAGGAUGUAGCUGGGCACGCUUGGGUUAUCGGAGAAGAAGGGCCAAUCCCAGAGUAUUUAUGCUGGUGCAAGCGUAAUACCCUGCAGAGGGACAGCAGUGCACAGAAUUCUAACUGACUAGAUUGUUUGAUUAGUUUGGAUUUCUUUGUGUACAGUGGAAAAGCUAGGUUUUUUAUUUACAAUUUUUUUUGAGUUAUCAAAACUAUUGGGCAUAUCUUUUGCCUGAGACAAAUAGUAAGUAAAAUUUUCUGGAUUACAAAAGAUUUGAGGCUCCCAUCAUCCACAAUACAAAAAAGUGGAAGAAUGCGGCUUGUAAUCUGGCUUUCAGACUGUAGUAUUUUUUUUCAAUUUACAAUUGACAAUACGAGCUUGAGUUUUUCUGAAUGAAUAA